UAUGCUGCCGCGGAACCUCCAAAGUCUCGUUGCCCGCAACGCGAACCGUGGUCGCGUCCUCCUCGCCCGCCAACAUGUCUUCCCGCCGCCGUUCCGGAUAGCCAGCGCAAUACAGCAACAGCGUACGGCCGGGUUCCAUUCGUCAUCUCGCCGACAGAACGAACUUCCCAAGUCACCGUUCCAAACGUUCGUGGACGUGCUGAAAGAUGAAUUGAAGAAGAGUAGGGAGCUGCAGGAGAACGUGAAGCAACUACAGGGUGAUGUGGACAAGCUGCAGGACUCGGAAGCUAUGAAACGGGCGAGGGCGGCAUAUGAACGCGCUCGGUUGGUUUCUAGUAUCAAGGAGAACCCGAAGCUACGCGCCGCCGCCGAGGAACUCAAGAAGACCGGAGUUAAGGUCGGCGAUGCCGUUUCAGAGGCGUUGAAGACGAUGGAGGAGAGUGAUGUCAUGCGUGCGAUUUCACGCGCCUCGUCUGCUGUCUCAUCCGCUGUUGAGAAGUCAACGGAGCCUAUCCGAAAAACAGCAGCUUACAAAACUUUGGCGGAAACACUAGUCGAUGCACUAGACGACAGUGGAAGCGCGAAGCAUGCUGGCUUCGAGGAGAAGGAGGCUCGUCGUCUACGUCGGCAAAAACGACUAGAGAAAGCUGGCAGAGCUGCCGGUCUUGGCCCGGCCCGGAUAGUAGCAAAUCCUGGAGCUGGAGAAGCCCUGGUUCUGCAUAAGGACUCGCCAAAGCAAGAAGCAUGGAACCGACUGAAGGAGACGAACCCGAUUCUCAAGUCAAUAAUGCAAAUGCGUCAAGCAUACGACGAAUCCGAGAACCCGGUGGUCUCUUCUAUGCGGUCUGUGACAGACACAAUUGGCUCAUGGUUCGACGAGAACGAGACGGCUCAAGUCAUGCGAUUGAUGAAGAACAUGGAUCCUACUUUCAACCGCGAAACCUUUGAGCGGGAGUUGCGGGAGUACAUCGUGCCGGAGGUGGUUGACGCGUACCUAUCAGCAGACCAAGAGGCCUUGAAGGCGUGGUGUGGGGAGGCGACAUACAACGUGCUAUGGGCGACCAUGGAGCACUUCCUUCGUCAAGGUCUAAUCAGCGGCAGCAAGGUGCUAGAUAUCCGCCAAGUGGAGGUUGCUGAAGCAAAAAUCUUGGAGAAUGAAGUUCCCGUCUUCCUCGUCUCAUUUGCUACUCAGGAGAUGAUGCUGUUCCGCAAUGCGAAGACUGGCGAGAUUGCGGUAGGAGCUGAGGACAAGGUGGAGCAGUGCACAUACGUUGCUGCGAUCACCCGGAUUCCGGAGGAGCUCGACAACGAGCUGACUGGUGGUUGGAAGGUUAUUGAGAUGGCACGUAGAAGUGCAAGAGCAUACCUUUA